AUGAGUUACCCACACCACAAAUCGACGAGUGCCUUCGCCCAUGAGAGCUCAGUCAGCAUCAAUCUAGGAAGAAUAGUUUCAAAUUUUGGUGAUUUGAAACCGUAUCUGAUCAUUCGCUCGUGCUUCUGGAAACCCACUGGUCCCUCAGACAACCUAACGGACGACAAGGAAAUACACCCUACAACAGAAUCCCUGUGGCAGCCGAUGAACAGCUGCCUACGCGACGCAGGCGCUAAAAUAUUCAACGCAACUCGACCAUUCACCCAGGCAUUCGAUGAGUUGGUAGUUCGCUUGAUGUAUCCCAAGUUGAGGAUUCCAGUCGCAAUGGCAGAGACUGACGAGUGGAACACACCCCAUACAAGCUCUCCAACUAUCGGGUAG